AUGUUGGGACGACUGCUUCAUUUGGGCUCUGGAGGCACUGCCACCCCUACCGUUGAGCCAAACAGCAAUAACAUAUCUCGCCCCAUUUUGUCUCUCGAAUCAGUCCAGGAGGAUAUACAUACACGCAACCUUCUCUUCCCCGAUGCCCAUGCGUUGUAUCAGCACCGGAACGAUCAAGUUUUCCCGUUAUCAACUACUCCUACUACCCCAGGCAUAUCCACGGCAAACGCUUUCGACUAUAGUGAGGAUGUCGAUCUCGAUGUUAAGGAUGUCCGCGUUAUUGUGAUGCAGGAUGCUUUGGGGCCAGCUAAUUCGUCCCUAUUGUUCGACAGCCACCCGCCUCCAGAGUCUGUUACGAAUUCGGAUAGGUCCCCCGUGCGGCAGGAAGCUAGAAGAGCCCCUAUUUCGACGCGCAAAGGUAGUUUGACACAGUCAGCGAGGCCAUUGGUCAUCCAGUCCGACAGCCCUCAACCUCGCCAAGGAGCCUUUGAUCGCCGAGCAUCUAUUCACAGUCGGAGCCAGAGCUACAACGAAACUGAAUCGCAGAGAGCAGCGCGCGAGUAUAGGGAAGAACUGGCGACCUUUUCCAGCUGCAUCUUCGGCAACUCUGAGCUCAUGGCCUAUAAGGGGACAUCCACCAAGGUUCAUGUUGUGCCUAGUGAUGCACGCACCAGUGAUUCAGCUACGUCGUCCAUCUUUGGCGAUGGAAGGAGCUCCAUUGGCCGCUCUAGUGGCCGUUCCAGCAAGCUUUCACAAUCCUACUCGUCUCAGACCAUCUCGCCCACAAUUGGGACCUCCCAGACUCUUGGAGGGGCGGCACCGCGCCCGAGUGACAAACGCAAAGUUCUCAUCACCAGGCUAUUCCCUGUGAACCUCACCCCCGAUGAUACGGAUUCCAGCAUCACACCACAGAACCGCUAUUCGGACGAGAAUAGCGGAUUCCCUUUCCCUUCCCAAGGAGACGAAUCCUUACACAAGAAAAAGAAGCCACAGCCGAAGCAGAGACGCACACCUAUGUAUGCAGUCGUGCUAGUGGUGCAGAUUCCUAGACCAUCAUCCAGAAUCUCCUCUGCCGUGCCGUCCAAGUCGGCCUUCCGCGAGUCUGGGUCAUACCAAGACCAAGACUUCUUUUCCUCGUCUUACAACUCUGCAAAGGCCGGUUGGAAUAUGAUGUCUGCAUCCGGAAUGUAUGGAGAAACAGCAGAUUCUCCGGACAUGGAAGAUAGAAUCGAUUCCUUGACCCGCCAUUGGGACAUCAUCAUGAGAACCCUGACACAUCUCCAAUCACUCGUCGCCACAACCAUACACUCCAUGCUCAAGCAAGCAGAUCUCACAUCACCAGGCCCUUAUUCAGGGUCAUCUGGAUCGAAUUUUGUCUCUCGCACACCAUCAUUGACAGAUCGGCGCGGAAAUGAGAUGCCUCGAGCUAAGCCACCUAAGAGCACUACCAAGCUCGUCUCAUUAUGGCCGAAUUGCCUUGCGGAUGAUAUCAACAUUGCUUCUGAAGUCGGCUUGGCGCGGAGCAGAAUCGUGAUGGGACUUAGCGCAGCUCGUGUUAUUACUGGCCAAGGCAGAUGGGGCAUUUGGCGAGACGAGGCGAUUUGGACGUGGAAAUGGGCAGCGUCCACAGAACGCACUGCCUUCUUUCACAACCUUUUGACAGGAUUUCUAGCCACACAUACCGACUGGCUCCAGGCCUUAUGCGGCGCUUCAUAUCGUAAACGGGCGGCUUUAGCUCGUCGGAAUAGGAACGAAGAAGAUCUCUCCCUUCCGGCCCGAACCAUCAUCAUAUCAGACGAUAAGAUGGCUGCUCGUCGGCUGAUCUUUCUCCUGUCCGCAUUCCUUCCCACCAACCAGCAAAUACCUACAGCUAGAGCGCAUCGACCCAGCACAUCUGCAUCCAUUGGAGGCUAUUCCAACUCCCCGCCAACUUUUAUCAUACCUGUUUUGCGGGAAGAGUCUCUCCGUCGUAAAAUCAAUCGGCGCAGUGGGUUGAGACGAGCGUCACAUUCCAGGACCACUAGCCAGAGCGCGAGAAACUCGACCAUCACACCUCAAUUUGCGCAGAUUGGGCUCGACCGUAACCACCAAAGGCGAGCAUCUGAUGCUGCGUCGAUUCGCACGACAAACUUACCUAUGCCUGGUACCGACAUUGUGACGCGGAAGAGUAGCGCGGCAACAACUACUACUAUAAUGCCCGAGACCACGACUCCUCACUUUACUAGUGUACAGCAGCGCGACAGCCAAAGGCGUCCACGACCCGGAAGCAGUGGCAGUGUUGCAGCCGACGACCUGAAGAGAUCGCUCAAACGAGGCGACAGUGGUGGACAAGUUGGUGGCGUCUCACGACCGCCUAGCUCAGGUCUGAAAUGGGGCAACCUGAUGAGUGGACUAUGGAGUCCUCGCCGAAGAGAUUCGAUGGAUAGCGGCACAUACAGUCAAGGCAGUGCCGAUCUGCGAUCUCCUGUAAAAGCAAGUUUUGGAAGGGUUGACAAGCUUUCUGAAAUGGUUAGAGAAUCUCCUGAAGAACGAUUCGAAGCUGUUGUCAGAGACUCUCCUCGUGGUGUAAACCCCCAUGAUGUCGAUGCCCCCAGAGACAGCUACAGCAGUGUACGUGGUCGAGGAUCUUUUGCGCAGGCUGAUCGCACACCGGAUCCGAACGGUGCAUUCGAAUCCCCUGUCAAAACGUCCAUCAAUGCAGAGGAUGGCGUGAUCGAUGUUGAUGUACCCUUCCCAGACUACAUUGCAUCUUUCGAGUCGGCCAUCAGCUCUCCCUCAAGCAGCGGGUAUUUGUCGACCCCUGGGCUGCCAAAUGGCCUGGAAACUUUUGACCAGACCCGCUUCGCCAUUGAGGGAGAUUUGCCACUUAAUGCUGCGGGUUGGCUCAAUCGAUUUCAUCCGGACUUUGCGCUUCAAGCUUUGCCUCCACAAGAUAAUCUCCUGGACAAAGUCAAGGCGGCUCUGCGGGCGGAGCCAUCGCCAUCGCCAACAGCAUCACAAGGGAACGAGUUGUCUGAGCGCUGGGUUGAUGUUAGUAGCGUCAUGAUAGCUGAUACCAUCAAUAACUCGAUCACCCGCAUUGUCUAUCGCAGAUUGGUAAGGCCGAAAUCGCAAAAUGAUAGGGGGUCUGGCGGAAACCCAUCCGGUGCAUUUCAUUCUGGUGGCCAGACGAUGCUUACACCUUCUAUCCUUCCUUAUGAAACCCAACUGGAAGAAGAGUGGAUUGAAGAACCAAUCUUUACAUGCGAUGAAGCUUUGCGCGAUGCUGUUGAGAAGGUGAUACAUUUCAACGGCGAUGCCAGCAAGGGAAGCUCGACAACCUCAUCUUCACAGACACCCAGUGACUUCCAAGGAAGCAUUGAGAGUGACAGUACAAUGCCGGACACGUUGUCGGAAGUCACCCAGCUUGCCAAUCCUCCACUGGACGCUCCCAGGGUCCAAUGCAGGACAGUCAUUUUGUCCACGCUUGAAGACAUGUUUCGCGAAGCCGUGGACAACCGCGACACGGACAACACUGGACCUACGGGCAGCAAUCUCAAUCGUCAUCGUCAAAGCAUCUUGCGGGAUGCCGUGCGGGCUUGGGUCACGAGCAUGGACGCCGUCGAAUGA